AUGGAAGCUUCAAGGAUGUUAUUGUCGUCGCCACUAUCGACCUGCAACGCGGUGCGCAGGAAGCAUUUUUCGGAGUCACUUAGAAGGCACGGUUGUCGUUCUCCUCCGCCGCUGAAAAUAGUGAGCAUGGCGAAGGAGGGCAGCGACGCCGGCAGCAACGGGGGUGGCAGCAUCAUUGAAAAAGCAGCCAUAGGGGGUGGAUUAGUUUCGACCCCAGUAAUCGCUUGGUCUCUCUACACUCUCAAAACAACCGGUUGCGGUUUGCCCCCCGGCCCAGGUGGCUCAAUCGGUGCACUGGAAGGAGUGAGCUACCUGGUUGUUGUGGGCAUAGUGGGUUGGUCUCUGUACACUAAAGCCAAGACCGGUUCUGGACUUCCCAAUGGUCCUUUUGGCUUGUUGGGUGCCGUUGAAGGUCUUUCCUUUUUGGCUUUGCUUGGCAUUGUGGUUGUGUUCGGGUUGCAGUACCUGGACAAGGGUUUCAUUCCUGGUCCUCUCCCCGCAGAUCAGUGCUUUGGCUAG